AUGACAGCGACAAUGGAUGUCGAUAACUUGAUGAGCCGUCUGCUCAACGUUGGCAUGUCAGGUGGACGACUGACCACUUCGGUCAACGAACAGGAACUGAUGACUUGCUGUGACAUCACCAAAUCGGUGUUCGCCUCGCAAGCUUCUCUUUUGGAAGUGGAACCGCCGAUUAUCGUGUGCGGUGACAUUCAUGGACAGUACUCGGACUUGUUGCGUAUCUUUGACAAGAAUGGAUUCCCGCCAGAUGUGAAUUUCUUGUUUUUGGGAGACUAUGUGGAUCGAGGACGUCAGAAUAUUGAGACGAUUUGUCUCAUGUUUUCUUUCAAGAUCAAUCCAGCUAUCAAUCGUGUCUACGGAUUCUACGAAGAAUGCAAUCGUCGCUACAAGUCAACACGUCUCUGGUCAACCUUCCAAGACACUUUCAACUGGAUGCCUCUUUGCGGUCUCAUUGGAUCCCGUAUCCUCUGCAUGCACGGUGGCCUUUCCCCUCAUCUCCAAUCCCUCGAUCAACUCCGCCAACUUCCACGUCCCCAGGAUCCACCAAAUCCAUCUAUUGGUAUCGAUUUGUUGUGGGCUGAUCCGGAUCAAUGGGUGAAGGGAUGGCAAGCGAAUACACGCGGAGUGUCUUAUGUCUUUGGACAAGACGUUGUCAAUGAUUUGUGUGCGAAACUCGAGUUGGAUCUGGUGGCACGUGCUCAUCAAGUCGUGCAGGAUGGCUAUGAGUUCUUUGCGUCGAAGAGAAUGGUUACUAUCUUCUCGGCACCUCACUAUUGUGGACAGUUUGAUAAUUCGGCUGCCACGAUGAAGGUUGACGAGAAUAUGGUGUGUACAUUUGUGAUGUACAAACCAACUCCGAAAGCUCUUCGUCGAGGAUAA